UAACGCUUUACACUUUAUAACAAUUCUCAUGAAAUCAUCUUUACAAGUUCCCUCUAUUCCUAAUAUUAUCAAUCAUACAUUUCAAAAUCCAAAAGGAAUUGAUCCUAGUAAUAUAAUUAUUAAACUUGAUUUACAAUUUAUGAAAGAUUUAAACAUUACUUAUCAUGAACGAAAGAGAAAUUUCACAAAUUUAUUUGGAUUACAUGAAACUCAUGAAGAACGUACUGAACG